CACAAGUUUUUUUUACUCCUCGCUCUUAUUUCACUCUUCACUGCAAACCCUAAUUUGAAGCAAAUUUGAAGAAACGAGGAGGGAAAGAAAGCUCGAGAACAAUGGAGGAAGGUGAGGGUGGGGAUCCAAUGGAUCACUUCCACCGUAACGAAGCUAUCUCCGCCGUUGCUGACGACGGUUUCCUGGCCGAGGAAGACGACGAUUACGAGGACCUUUACAACGAUGUCAAUGUUGGUGAAGGGUUCCUUCAAUCCUUGCGCAAGAACGAUGAUUCAGCCUUCAGAAACGACGACGUUGACGACAAGCCGCCUCCAGCUCAAGCUCAAGAUGCCGCUGUGGUUCCAGUACCUGGUGUCGGUGAGGGCGGCGGCGGCGGUGGGGUUGUGGAACCGAGGGUUUCUGGAGGAGUUGAUGGGUUUAGAGGGAAUGAGGUGGUGGGUGUCCAAGGAGGUGGCGGAGGGGGGAUUAGGGUUGAAUUAGGGCAGAAAUCUGGGAAGUUGAGUGAGAUUGAGGAGCAGAGUGGUAAUGAUGGUGUUGGAAUCCAGGGUAUUGAGCAGCAGCAGCAACCGCAUGGUGGUGGUAUUGUUGGGAGUGUGGGGAAUGAGGGUUUACUGAGACAAGGUCAAGGUGCUGGUGGAGGUGGAGGAGGAAUACUUAACAGGGCUGGUGGAAAUGGGGUUGGGAAUAGUGUGGGCGGUUUUAAUACCGGAGUAGGUGGAGGUGGAUUUGGAGGUGCUGGUGGUGGUGGCGGCGGCGGAGGAACUGUUCUAUUUGUGGGUGAUUUGCACUGGUGGACUACUGAUGCUGAACUGGAAGCUGAGCUUUGUAAGUAUGGGCAAGUGAAGGAAGUUAAGUUUUUUGAUGAGAAAGCCAGUGGGAAAUCAAAAGGGUAUUGCCAGGUUGAGUUUUAUGAACCUUCGGCUGCAGCUGCUUGUAAGGAUGGGAUGAACGAACAUGAGUUUAAUGGGAGGGCUUGUGUCGUUGCUUAUGCAUCCCCUUUUACUGUUAAGAAAAUGGGAGAGGCUCAGAUAGCUAGGAAUCAACAGGGGAACGUGAACCAAUCUGCAGUUCCCCAGGGAAGGAAGGGUCCUGCUGAGGCAGGAGCUAAGCCGGGUGGUAGUAAUGUUGGGACAGGUAAUAACUACCAAGGUGGAGAUGGCAAUAGAGGUUAUGGAAGAGGAAACUGGGGGAGAGGGAACAAUCCUGGUAUGGGGAAUAGAGGGCCUGUUAAUCAAAUGAGGAAUAGGGGUGGUAGAGGUAUAAUGGGUAAUGGUGGAAAUGGGUUUGGACAGGGUAUGGGUGCUAAUCCCCCUCUGAUGCAUCAUCAGUCUAUGAUGAAUCAGGGUUUUGAUCCUGCAUUUGGUGGUCCAAUUGGUAGAAUGGGCAACUAUGGAGGCUUUCCCGGUGCUCCGACACCUCCAUUCUCGGGUAUUAUGCCUUCAUUCCCUGGUGUUGGAGGUGUAGGUAUGCCUGGAGUAGCUCCUCAUGUUAAUCCAGCCUUUUUUGGUAGAGGUAUGCAUAUGAAUGGUAUGGGGAUGAUGCCCACAUCAGGUAUGGAUGGUCCUAAUAUGGGAAUGUGGUCAGAUCCAAAUAUGGGUGGAUGGGGUGGUGAAGAGCCUGGUGGUGGCAAGGCCGGAGAGUCAAGUUAUGGGGAAGAAGCAGCAUCUGACCAUCAGUAUGGUGAGGUGAACCACGAUAGAGCUGGUUGGACUAAUACUACGAGGGAUAAAGAUCGAGGUUCAGAAAGGGACUGGUCCGGUACUUCUGAGCGAAGGUACCGGGAUGAUAGAGAUCAAGGAUAUGAAAGAGAUGCACCUAGUGAAAAAGAUAUGGGACAUGACCAUGAAUGGUCUGGAAGAAGGCAGCGUGAUGAUAGAGAAAUGGGCCGAGAGCGAUCUCGUGACCGUGAUCGGGAACGAUCUCGAGACCGUGACCGUGAAAGGGAUCGCGAUCGAGACCGUGAGCGUGACAGGUACAGGGAAGAUAGGGGCAGGUAUGCAGAUCAUCAUAGAUACAGAGAUCGUGAAGCAGAGCCUGAUGAUGAAUUGGAGAGAGGACGGUCAUCAAGGACUCACAGCAAAUCACGGUUAUCACAUGAUGAGGAACACCAUUCUAGGCCAAGAGAUGCUGAUUAUGGGAAGAGAAGGCGGCUUACCUCUGAGUAACUUUAUAUGCUGCUUAUUAUUUCUUUGAAUACUUUCCAUGGAGGGAGGAAAGAACAGUAACUGAGGUCAGGAUUUGUUAUUGUUGUUUGAAUUCUCUGGUUGUGCUCCUCUGGUCCAGAAGUUGUUGAGCAGCUGUUUUACUUCAUUCACUUGUAAUGGUUGCUUCUUGUUUUGGAGCAUGGUUUCUUUCAUCUGUUAGAAAGCUUUUUGCAGGCCAAUUGUUUCAAGGAAGGAAGCUGUUCAUUCAAACUCUGGGUUGCACUGGGGAAUGAGAGCCUACAACAUUGGAGAUUCAAGUCAUGACAAUCCUUUUCUUUCAUUGAGAUGUGGAACUUUAGCUAUGCAGUUAUUAGCUCUUGAUUUUCAUUUAUGUUUUAUUUAUUAGCACUGUGACUAAACCAAUGAUGUUGAUGUAAUGGGUUUUACAUGCUGAAGUCUGAAAUGUGGCAGACUAUUUAGAACUUGUUGUUUGAAUGUACUAGGAUUUAGCAGAGGAUGUUGAUGAUGUGCCCCUUUCUGAUUGGCUUCGUGUUGUAUCAUUUUUACCCACUUUUUUC